CCCCCAUCAUGUAUUAUAUACAUCGAUAUGAUGGCGAAACAAAAACACAGGGAUAAUUGUAUUUAACAUUCGUGAUGUAAACUGUGAUUUUUGCCAUCUGGCGAUUUGUUCAUGCUCAACAACUAAAAUUUUAAUAUUUUUGUAUUUUAUUAUUUACCAGGGCCUCGGAUCAUGGUUGACCAACUAAUUGUUUGAGACAAGGUGAAAUGUCGUCAGCAGCUGGAAAGCAAAAAAACAAUUCUGGUCAGGAUGAUGAAGGGGAAGAAGAGGAUGACGAAGUUGGAGAUUUGGUUUCUGCCAUCAAUUAUAACACUAUUAAUUAUAACACUAUAUCAUCUAUGGCUGUGCUCAAAGAAAUACUUGGAGCUCAAGACAGUCCUGAAGAUGCUGAUUGGUUUCAACAUUAUUUUUUACGACAUGUUAAUCGCUUGCCAUCCCGUAGUCACCAAUUUGUUGGGAGAAGACUUUCAGAAUGUAAAGAAGAAGAUGAGCAUGUAGAAAAUAACAUAAAAUCUCCAGUGACUGAUGACCUCUCAAAUAGUACUUCUGUUAGUACAAAAUCUACACCUCCUAUAUCACCUCCAUCUCAUCACAGAGAUAAAAAUUUCUUUGAUGUAAACCUUGUUGAAAUGAAGUCUCAAGCAUCAUCUUCAUCAACUUUAGAUUAUGAUUCUAUGGAUGAAGUAUGGGUAAAACGUUAUGAUGCAGAAACAGCAAGACGCCGAACGGAGCUUGGAUCACAGCCUUUGCCAACAUCAGCUGAUGAAUCAGAUGGUCAUUGUGUGUCCAUUAAUCGUCCUCGAUCAGGCACUUGGAGUAAAGGUGGAUCAGCUCCGGUUCUUUUACCAGCAGUUGUUGCUGCUCUUACUAAAAAUAAAAAAAAUUCAAUUAGUGUUGAACGGCGUCAAUCGGGUGAUGACAUACUUGCAAAAGGAACUCCAAAAGUACAAUUGUUGAAAAAUAAAUCUCAACAAACACAGUCUCCCCCACAAAAUAUACAAAAUACACAAAAAAGGCUAUCACCAAAACCACGUACGGCACAAUCACCUUCUCACACUAGAAAAACAAAUGUUCUCUUAGAUGCUUUUCGACCACGUUCUAAAUCUGAUGCUGCUUCUAAAAAAAACAGUACAAUAAUGUUCCAAAUGAAAAAUUCUAUUCAGAAUACUCUCAAAUCGCCAGGUUCAAGUGCUCGAAAUAGUAUCAGUGGAUCAAGUUCUUCAACAGACACUGAACCUACUAAUUCAGCACCACCAACAACGCGAAAUCGUUAUAAACAAACAGCAGUACCUACAAGGCCACGAGCUGGUUCAGACAGCACUAGUACAAAAGGUGCUGUUUCUAAAAUGAUGGAUUUGUUCCGGCAUAGAUCUCAAAGUACUGUAGAAGACAAACGCAAAAUUAGACCAGUUAACAUACCACAUGCGAAUUUAGCACAAGGCGCUCUACUUCGUAGAAGUUCACUUGAUCCUGAAACUCGUCGUUUAUCUCUUGGUACUAUAUCUAGUUCCAGAAAAAGUUCAGACGGCUUACUAGAUCCUACACACGCGGCCAUAUUGUUUAGAGAUUCUAGAGGGCUCCCAGUAGCCGACCCGUUUCUCGAAAAAGUCAAAAUCACUGAUCUGGCCGAAGAUGAAAGUCAGAUAUUUGUGAAAUUUUUCCGUUUUCACAAGUCUUAUGAUCUCAUACCGACUAGUGCAAAAUUAGUCGUAUUUGACACACAGUUGAUUGUUAAAAAAGCGUUCUUCGCUCUUGUUUACAAUGGCGUGCGAGCAGCUCCACUAUGGGACAACAAACGUCAAAAAUUUGUGGGCAUGCUAACCAUUACUGAUUUUAUUAGAAUAUUACAAAAAUAUUACUCCUCGCCUUCUUCAAGCAUGGAAGAACUAGAAGAACAUAAAUUGGACACUUGGAGAAAUGAACUUCAUGAGGAGCGACCUCAAGAAUUAAUAUCCAUUGGUCCAGACAUGUCAUUAUUUUUAGCUAUUCAAACACUUAUUAAUAAUAAAAUACAUCGGCUUCCAGUAAUUGACCCUCUUACUGGAGAUGUUCUAUAUAUUAUUACUCAUAAACGCAUAUUGCGUUUUUUAUUUCUUUAUAUAAACGAUUUGCCAAAACCUUCUUACAUGUCAAAAAGUUUAGAAGAACUUAAAAUAGGCACUUAUGAAAAUAUAGAAACUGUAUCAGAAGAUACUUCAAUAAUAUUAGCUUUAAAAAAAUUUGUGGAACGUAGAGUAUCUGCAUUACCAAUGGUUGAUAAUGAAGGUCGUCUUGUUGAUAUAUUUGCUAAAUUUGACGUAAUUAAUUUAGCUGCUGAACGUACAUAUAAUAAUUUAGAUGUUAGUCUUAAACAAGCUAAUGAACACCGAAGUGAUUGGUUUGAAGGUGUUCAAAAGUGUCUGUUAACUGACACACUAUAUUGUGUUAUUGAAAAAAUUGUCAGAGCAGAAGUACAUAGGUUAGUAAUAGUGGACACAGAAGAUAAAGUUAUUGGUAUACUAUCAUUGUCCGAUAUCCUACAUUACCUGGUGCUUCGACCUUCGGGAUUAGAAAGGUCAAUGAAAACCAAAGAGUUAUACGAUAACAAUGCAGAAAGUCCAAAAGCUUUAAACUCAAUAAUGGAGCCAGAAUCUGCACUUGUAAUGUGAGCAAACAUUAAUUUAAACCCGGAUGUUUUUGUUACUCUGGUACAACUGAUGACUUAAAAUUACUGGAUGAUCUGGUUUACUUAUUAUUUGUACAAGUAUUAUUUACCUAUGUAGUAUUAUACGACAGCGCUUUAGAGACAAAAUAAUGUUUAUUUUUAAGUAUUAGUUAAAAAAAAACUCAUUACCUUUUUUAUUUAUUGCUAAUUUUUAUUUUUUAUUAAGAGCUAGUCUGAAUUUUAUAAUUAAACAUUAGAUUUCAUACUUCUACAAAAAAAAAAAAAGCGUUACGUGAUUUUUCAAAUGACCGUGUGAUAUUGUCAAAUGAAGAGCUGUUGAAAUAUUAUAUUUGUUAUUUAAUAUAUUAAUAAUAAUAAUAUUUUUUGACUAUUUACCAUAUGUAUAAUGUAUUUCAUUAACACAUCAAAAAUAUUUUUCAAUAGUAAGUUACAUAUAUAUAGUGUUUCAUGUUUGUUUACCGAUUAAUAUUAUUAUUUUUUUUUUUUUGUAGAUUUUAAUAUUAUUUUAAUAUAAAUGUAUACACAAGUGUGUAGUAGAAAAAAUAAUAAAAAAAACAUGCCAAUUACGAUAAAAUAGA